AUGCGGGCAGUAGCGGCGGCAGCAGAGGGGAUGGAUGGGGAGGCGCGGCUGUCGACGGAGGAGGCGCAGAUCCGCUUGGAGGUGAUGAUUGAGGACCCGCGCGAGGUGGAGCGGCGGCGGCAGAUGGGCAUCGAGAAUGAAAUCGGUGCCCUCCCCAACCUUUCCCCCUCUAGUCCCCCCCUCCCUUUCCCCUCUCCCCUCCCUUCCUCAACCCCCACCUGCCCCUGCAGACUGCAGCGUCCGUUUGGUGCUUGUUUUGAGACAGCUAUGAACAUUUCCCUUUUUGCCCUCCCCUACGCUGCUCCCUCACCUCUCUCCCCCGCCUUCCCCUCCACCCCUCUCCCCCACCCUUCUCUCCCUACCCCUCUCCCCCACCCUUCUCUCCCUACCCUUCUCCCCCACCCUGUCAUUUCUCCCCACUCUGACAUUUCUCCCCACCCUGUCAUUUCUCCCCACCCUGUCAUUUCUCCCCACCCUAUCAUUUCUCCCCACCCUGUCAUUUCUCCCCACCCUGUCAUUUCUCCCUACCUUGUCAUUUCUCCCCACUCUGUCAUUUCUCCCCACCCUGUCAUUUCUCCCCACCCUGUCAUUUCUCCCCACCCUGCUACCCUGCUAUUUCUCCCCUCCUUGUCAUUCCCUCCCCCCCCCCCCUGUCAUUUCUCCCCUCCCUGCUCCUCUCUUUCCUUCCCCCCUGCUAACCUUGUGUUUACGCCCGGCUCAGUCUUUCUUUUCCCCUUCUUACCCUUAGUUCCUCCCUCCUCACUCUUUUCUUUUCCCCAUGCUCUUUCUCUCACCAUCCUUGUCCCUAUGCCACUCGUUAUCUCACAAUCUGUUUAUGCUCCCCUGUCUGCUCAUUCACACCUUCCCUCUCCCUUAAGUGGUGCAGGUUGUCGAGCAUGA